AUAGUUAACAAGGGAAUAGUAGAAAAAUGGCCACAAAAGAGAUCACUGCUCAAAUAAGCACCAAACAAUCAUCUACACCGUCGACGCCAUCAGGAAUAGCAGGAAUAUAUAAUGAAUGUAAAAGAAUAUAUCCAGAGCAGACCAAUCCUCUGCAAGUCAGCGCCCUUAUCAAAUUCUGGCUUGGUGGUCCCGAUCCAUUAGAUUACGUAAGUAUGUAUGUAAAUGAUGGCAACGAAGCAGAUGGCAUACCCCCUCAUUGGCACUAUGUUUCUUUUGGUUUGUCAGAUUUACAUGGCGAUGGAAGAUUACAUGAACGUAGUAACGGAGAUGGCCUUAGUGGCUAUGGUUUUGAGCUAACUUUUCGCCUUCGGAGAGAACCAGAUCAAACUACUCCUCCCACAUGGCCUGCAACUCUUAUGCAAACGUUGUCUAGAUACGUUUUUCAGACUCAAAAUACACUUUGCGUUGGGGAUCACAUUCCAUGGAACGUACCAUUGGAUCGUUCCGAAUCCCGAAUUCAACAUAUGCUAAUGGCUCCUGAUGCUCAAUUAAAGCCUAUAACGACCGAUUUUGGAUCAUUAUCUUUUGUACAGAUUGUUGGUAUAUGUUUUGAAGAAUUGAAAGCUGCACAACAGUGGAAUGGAAACGGAGUGCUAGAACUGUUAAAAUCUGUAAACUUACCUGGUGGACCAUGGCUUAUCACCGAUAUGCGCAGGGGGGAGAGUUUAUUUGAACUAGAUCCGUCUACUCAAGAAAAGGUUGAUUUGGGAAUCGAAAAGGACGGAUCAAAUCUAGGUGGAGUUAGUUCGAAAUGCUUCUGGGACGAGAGAGAUUGUUGUAUUUAUGAAGAUUUUGUACGGGAUUGUAAAACUCAGUUACCUUGUGAAAGUGGUCGCAAAGACUUUAGUAGUGAGAUUGAUAAGAAUGUUAUAUCUGAAAGAGACUCUCUUCAAAUUAAGGAAACUUUAAAGAGAGGUUUAAUAAAUACCAAACCAACACUGCCUCCAAUAAAAUCUAGGUCUCGAAAUCCCUCUAACGAGAAAGAUGCUCCACAGGAACUACUCCAGACAAGAUUCCUCGAAAGCGUUCAUAUUAGUUUAAAUGCAGAAUCUGCUUAUCUAUUACCUCUAGUUUUAAGGGGUAGAAUUAAACAUGGUCGUCAUUUCACAUUUAAAAGUAUUAUGAAUGAUAGCGCCAUAACAUUUGUGAGCCGUGAUGUUGAGGGUGCAGAAGUAACAGAUCGGAAGCCGUACGCUUGUAAAGGACAAUGGUUACAGGUUCUAAUUUCUGAGGAACUCUCACAAGCUAUGCUUAGCGAUUUAGAAGAAUCUGACCAAGUUAAUUCUCUGCCUUUGACCUAUAAAUGGCCAGAACAUCAUUUUUCUUUGACAACCGUACCUGAUGAUAUUUAG